CAGGGGAUUGAUUUACUUAUAUUAGUAGGUUUUUUUCCCCCAACAAAAUACCAGCCCACUGUCUCAUCCGAAAACCCUUUCCAAUAAUUCAGGACAUCAAGCAGGACAAUUUCCCCAUGCUUUUCGAUGUACUGUACUGUGUACUGUGAGCUAUUUUAAAGGAACAAUCUUCUCCCUGCGUAAUUACUGCUAAAUGAGGCUGAUGUGCAGCUGACUUGGUUGUCUAGUUGGGGGGAGGUGUGGCACCGCGGAGACCCCGUCCAGAGCUGCCCCAAACACACUGUCCAAUCACAAGUCUUCCCCCAACCCCCGGGAUCAAGACCCAUCAUUGGCUGAAAGUUCAGAGUACCUCCCAAAGUUUUCCCAACACCAACUUUGUCAACUUUGUAACGACUUGCUUAGAGUUUCCCAACGUGUGGACGCCGCAUGUUUGCACUCCGUGAGAAAAAAAAGGGGAAAAGUUAUGUGUUUUCUGGAUUGGAAUUAGAUAUCGAUCCCGGGCCCCCCUCUCAAAACAAAAAAAAAGAAAGAAAGAAAGCAUGUCUUCCCCUGGAGACUGCAGAGACGAGUGUUCAACAGACGAGGAUGUGCAGCCACCGCGGCUGAAGAAGCGCAGCGCGCAGGUGUCGUGCCUUCCUUUCAGCGUGGAGGCGCUCAUGUCGGACCGGAGGCCGCUGGAUGCGACCGACAGAAAGGAGGGAAAUUACUCUCUAAACAAACAUCACAGGCCGGAUGAGUUCACCCAACAGUUAGUCUCUAUCAAAUCAGAGCCAGCGGAACGAGGCGGCUGUGCGUCCUGGAUACCCGGCCCCAUUAAGAUGUCAACGCCACCCCGGCAGCUCAGUCCAGCAGUCUGCCCCUUGAGGAAGCACAAAACCAACCGCAAGCCUCGCACUCCCUUCACAACCACGCAGCUCCUGACCCUGGAGAGAAAGUUUCGUCAGAAGCAGUACCUGUCCAUCGCCGAGCGUGCUGAGUUCUCCUCCUCGCUGUCGCUGUCCGAGACGCAGGUCAAAAUCUGGUUUCAAAACAGGCGAGCUAAAGCCAAGAGGCUUCAGGAGGCCGAGGUGGAGAAACUCAAAAUAGCGUCUGGCAUCGGGCCCAAAGCUGUGUUCCACCCAGGCUUCUCGUCCUUCAGUUUUCCCCUCAGUGUUAACCUGCAGGCUGGAUCAGCAGCACUCUACGGACUGGGCUGCUCAUUCGGCCGCAGCCCCGUCCUCCCUGCUGCACAUCUGGCCAUGUAUGCCUCGCAGGUCGGGCACAGCCUGUUCCACCUCUCCUGAGAGGAAGCAGCACUUUAUGGACAAAAUGCUGUGGAUCCGGAUGCUUGUAAAACAACAAAGAAGAGGACGAUUCUGUUAUGAAGUCAUGCACCUUUUAUAAAAGACUUGGUUAGGGACCUGAAGAGGAGCUGAAGCUUCAUGAUCUUCAAGGAGAAUUUCAAAAUGUCCUUUUAUUUUUCUCAAGUGCCUCUAUGGAAGGACAAGAAUACAGCAGUCUUGAAGAGCCUUAUUUGCUUCGCUGAUUGAGCAUCGGCCACUGAUAAUGAAUGGA